GGCCCUUGAAAAUUGCCCCCGACAUAUGCAGGCUGUACAAAACUGAUACUGAAACACACACAUACAGAAGAACAUACACGGACGUGGUUUAUGCCACCACCCGCUGGCCGCUAAAGUUGAAAUUACUAAUACUACGGUUGUCACGAUGCUCCAUAUUGCCACUGGAGGCAUGCAGUAGUCAAGUUUUUUUUUUGCUUAAAUAUUUUUCAGUGCCUAAGAAAAUAUUAACAUUUUCAAGUAAAAAAAAAUACUGGAUAUGGAGUUUCACUUUUUAGUUUAACUUUUUAAAUUGCUGUAUUAGCAAAAACUACGAACUAGUCGCCUGCAUAAACGUUUAGUAUUGCCAGAUCAUUGGUUACGUGUUUUUGCCCGCCAUCUGGCAACACCUACAUCCCUCGAUUUUCGCUUUGCACGCGCAUUCGUGAAAAUGGCGGCGUUCUGGCACCGUCGCUGCCAAAUUUUUUGUACAUCAAAAUAAUCAAAAUAAAGCAUUCUUCCAGUGCUCAACAAUCAGUCCGUGCGAGCGCGCGCGUGUGUGUGUGUGCGCAGGAAAAACCGCCGAUCGAAAAAGUGUAUAAAGGGGAUAGAGAAGCAAACAAAAGGCAGCGAAUUAGCAAGAUAACACACACGCGACGACGGAUGCGCCAGGAGAAAGGCGAAGGCGAGUGCGAGUGAGCCAGCGCAGCAGCACCAAGUCAGCGGAGCACCCGCUUGGCCAAGUUCACUUCUGGAGCGCAAAGCAUGCAUAGACACCAACAUUACCACAGGAUGUGUGCAACUAGUUGAUCGGAACAGGAUCACUCGCCCACACCACACAGAAGUUAAAAGAACACACUCGCCAAAAACAUAAACAAAACACUACAUACAGCACGAUGAACACCAGCCAGACAGCUGCCGGCAACCGCAUCACGUUCACCAGCCAGCCCCUUCCCAAUGGCACCAUCAACAUAGCCGGCAAUCCCGGCGCCGUUAUAUCAACGGCCCAGUUGCCUAAUACCACCACCAUCAAGACCAUCCAGGCGGGGAUCGGUGGUCAGCAUCAAGGACUGCAGCAAGUUCAUCAUGUACAGCAGCAGCAGGCGCAACAGCAACAGCAGACGCAAUCCGCCGGUCAGCCGAUGCUAAACUCAAUGCUGCCAGCGGGCGUGGUGGUGGGCAUGCGUCACCAGGCGCCAUCGCAGCAACAGCAGAAAAAUGUGCCCACCAACCCGCUCAGUCGUGUGGUGAUCAACUCCCACAUGGCGGGCGUGAGACCACAGAGUCCAUCGAUAACUUUAAGCUCACUUAACACGGGUCAGACCCCUGCAUUGCUGGUCAAGACGGAUAACGGAUUCCAGCUGUUGCGCGUGGGCACGACGACGGGUCCGCCGACGGUUACACAGACCAUAACCAACACCAGCAAUAACAGCAACACGACAAGCACCACAAACCAUCCCACAACCACACAGAUCCGUCUGCAAACUGUGCCGGCUGCAGCUGUAAGUAGAUACCAACAACAACAACAACAUCAGCAGCAACAGCAACAACAACAACAGCAAUCGCAACAGCAGCAACAGGCAACCAGCACUACCGCCAGCACUAGCAUUGCACUGCGCAAAACGAUUGUCCGUACUUCAUCCACAGUCCCAUCCAGCAAUAAUAAUAAUAAUAGUAAUAUCAAUGCCACCACCACCACCAACACCACCACCACUACCAACAACAACAACAAACCCGCUACUAACCAGCAACAGCAGCAACAGAAGCUCCAACAGCAGCAACAUCUCAAGGCCCAGCAGCAACAUAAACAGCAACAGGCAUCCGCUGCGGCUGCUGCUGCAGCAGCUGCCGCCAAUGUGGCAGCCACCAUAAAGAUCAAGCAAAACUCUAUGACCAACACGACAGCAACCAGCAACAUUAUUGUCAAUUCGGUGGCCAGCAGCUAUGCGAACUCAUCGCAGCCGCCGCAUCUGACGCAAUUGAAUGCGCAGGCGCCGCACCUGCCACAGAUUACGCAGAUCCAAACGAUACCGGCCCAGCAGUCUCAGCAACAAGCGAACAAUGUAAGCUCCGGGGGAGGAGUGGCGACGGCUGUGAGCAGUACGACGGCAGCGACGACGACGCAGCAGGGCAAUACCAAAGAAAAGUGUCGCAAGUUUCUAGCCAAUUUAAUCGAAUUGUCGACACGGGAACCGAAACCGGUGGAAAAGAAUGUGCGCACCCUCAUCCAGGAGCUCGUCAAUGCGAAUGUGGAGCCCGAGGAGUUUUGUGACCGCCUGGAGCGCUUGCUCAACGCCAGCCCGCAGCCGUGUCUGAUUGGAUUCCUCAAAAAGAGUUUGCCCCUGCUUAGGCAAGCUCUCUAUACCAAGGAGCUUGUAAUUGAAGGCAUCAAACCGCCACCACAGCACGUUCUCGGCCUGGCCGGACUCUCUCAACAGCUGCCUAAAAUCCAAGCGCAAAUCCGUCCGAUUGGUCCUAGCCAGACAACGACCAUUGGACAGACGCAGGUGCGUAUGAUAACGCCAAAUGCCUUGGGAGCACCUCGACCCACCAUUGGCCACACAACGAUAUCAAAACAGCCGCCAAAUAUUCGGUUGCCCACGGCCCCGCGUCUUGUCAACACAGGAGGAAUUCGCACCCAGAUACCUUCGUUACAGGUGCCUGGACAGGCGAAUAUUGUGCAAAUUCGUGGCCCGCAGCACGCGCAGCUGCAGCGCACGGGAGCUGUGCAGAUCCGGGCCACCACCCGUCCGCCGAACAGCGCGCCUACCGCGAACAAACUCACUGCCGUCAAGGUGGGUCAGACGCAGAUUAAAGCGAUUACGCCUAGCCUGCACCCACCCUCACUGGCUGCCAUCUCUGGUGGACCACCGCCGACGCCCACGCUGUCCGUUUUAUCCACGCUAAACUCCGCCUCGACCACAUCGCUGCCGAUACCGUCGCUACCCACGGUUCACCUUCCGCCAGAAGCUCUUCGAGCCCGUGAGCAGAUGCAAAACUCGCUAAAUCACAACAACAAUCACUUCGAAGCGAAGCUGGUGGAGAUCAAGGCGCCGUCGCUGCAUCCGCCGCACAUGGAACGGAUCAAUGCAUCCCUCACACCGAUUGGUGCCAAGACGAUUGCGAGGCCUCCGCCUGCGAUCAACAAGACGAUUGGCAAAAAGAAACGUGACGCCAUGGAAAUGGACGCUAAGUUGAAUUCUUUGAGCGGUGCAGCGGCAUCAGCAGCCAACUCGUUUUUCCAGCAGAGCUCUAUGUCCUCGAUGUACGGCGACGACGAUAUCAACGAUGUAGCCGCUAUGGGCGGUGUUAACCUGGCGGAAGAGUCGCAGCGAAUUCUCGGGUGCACGGAAAAUAUCGGCACGCAGAUUCGAUCCUGUAAAGAUGAGGUGUUUCUCAAUCUGCCCGCACUGCAAGCCCGGAUACGGGCCAUUACGUCAGAGGCGGGCCUUGACGAGCCGUCGCAGGAUGUGGCCGUUCUGAUAUCGCACGCGUGCCAGGAGCGAUUAAAGAACAUUGUGGAGAAGUUGGCUGUGAUAGCGGAGCACCGCAUUGAUGUCAUCAAGUUGGAUCCACGCUACGAGCCCGCCAAGGAUGUUCGCGGUCAGAUCAAGUUCCUCGAGGAGCUGGACAAGGCGGAGCAAAAGCGACACGAGGAGCUGGAACGAGAGAUGCUGCUGCGAGCAGCCAAGUCACGAUCGAGAGUAGAGGAUCCGGAGCAGGCCAAGAUGAAGGCGAGGGCCAAGGAGAUGCAACGCGCCGAGAUGGAGGAGUUGCGUCAACGAGAUGCCAAUUUGACGGCGUUGCAGGCGAUUGGACCUCGGAAAAAGCUGAAACUGGAUGGCGAAGCGGUCAGUGCAGGAGUGGGUUCAAGUGGCGGCGGAGUGCUGAGCGGCUCGGGAACUGCGCCAACGACGUUACGGCCACGCAUUAAGCGUGUCAACCUGCGCGAUAUGCUGUUCUACAUGGAGCAAGAGCGAGAGUUCUGUCGCAGCUCCAUGCUGUUCAAGACAUACCUCAAGUGAUCGCUGCUGUUGCCCAUCAUUCGCACCGUCUUCUUCUCGAUGAUCCUCCUACUCCGUGGACUGUUGUCGUCGUUGUGUUUUCAGCUUUACGAUUUCAUCCAUUUGCAAUAUAUUUUAGCCUCAAAUUUAACUGCGUCGCGUCUCUCCAUGUUAUUGUUUCUAUUUAGUUAGGCGGCCCUAUUUAAAUUCUAUAUUACAUUUACAAACUUAAACCAUAAAUCCUAAUCGUAUUUGAUUUUAAGCGUAAUUUAAAGCUCGUUUAUUUUUUCCCAAUAAAUUGUCUGUAAAACUUAAACCAAACCAAUCCAAAAACAAAACCAGAGUAACGUAAAGUAAACGAAGAGAGUAAAAUAAUAGAGAGGAAUAUAAAAGUAUAGAGAACGCGCAGUCAGCGGGCGUUUGAUUUGUAAUUUGUAACAUAAUGUUUGCAUCAACUGCAUUGACGGCCUUAUCUAAACGAUAUAAACAUAAAUAUUAAUAUUUAAUUAUUUAGCUUAGUUUGUUAAACGAAAACGAAGCAUAAUUCCUAGAUUAAGUAAAAAGCGCGCGAAAACAAAAGAAAUCGAAACCGAAUUACAGAUUAUUGGUUUUUAAAACCACAAGAUCGAAACACGUUCAGAAAAAUCUAAAACAAAACACAUCAAAAACAGAAGAACAGAAAUUUAUCCAUUUAAACAUAUAUUGAAUUAGUUCUAGUUGUUUAAACAAAAAAUGUAAUUUUAAUUACUUAUAUUGUAUAAACGGAAACAAAUCGUUAGGCAAGACCACAACAAACCCAACAAAUUGUAAAUAUAUGCUAGGCUACGAUUUUUCUAAUAGAUAACUAGGUAAACGCAAACGUAAUUAACGAAUUCUCUCGAUGGCUAGGUGCGAUGGGAACGCAGACAUCUUAGCACACCGAAAUAAAAAAAAUAUAUGUUUUUAUUAGUGGCGCUCGUUCAUCCAUAAUGAAACACGGUUUAAACACUAGGCUCCCUGAAUAUUUAACGACCCAAUCCGACCCGGCCUACACACAAAAUAGACAAAUUUUAUACAAUUAGCCAGAUAAUUCUUGUAAAAUACAAUCCCAAAACAAAAAUGAUAACAAAUAAAUUGAUAACAAUUGAUUGAACUCAGUAUAACUAAGCAAAAAAGAACAA